UUGAAUGUUUGUGACGAGGAAAAUGAGCAGGACCGCCUGAAAGUGCACUAAAUUUAGUCUGCCUCUCUUGUACCGAGCCACUGCCUGCGCAGUUUGACUUUUUAUUUAUUUAUUGCUCUGUCGUUGUGAAGCAGGAGAACCGGGGACAGCGGAGAGCUGCAGAAAACCUUUUAUUUGGGGAAAAUAAUGUUGACAGGAGUCGCACCAUCGACCAUCCCGUUCAGUUUCACCCCGGGCUGCUGAACCUUCAGCGGUAUUUCACUCCUUCCUCUCCAGAAAGCUGAAGUGUUGUUUGUGAGAAGGACUUUAUAGGCUGUUCUCCAAUGAACCAGGACCCCGAGGAAUAGCUGACACGACCUCAAAACACUCGGUUUUACCUGCUAACAGGUGAGGUACCAGCUCUGAUGGUAGCAGGGAGAACACCUCACCUGUGAGAGGAUCCAAGAACCUCACCAUGACAGAGGUCCAGAGUCUGUGGCCGCAGGGCACCGAGUGCGUGGCGAGGUACAGCUUCAAAGGCACAACGGAUCAGGACCUGUCGUUCAACAAAGGAGACGUGUUGACGAUCAUCGUGGUCACAAAAGAUCCAAACUGGUACCACGCUAAAAAUGCUGCGGGCCAAGAGGGAACGAUCCCGGCGAAUUACGUCCAGAAAAGAGAAGGUGUGAAAUCCGGAGGCAAGCUGAGUCUCAUGCCAUGGUUCCACGGGAAGAUAACGCGAGACCAGGCCGAGCGGCUGCUUGACCCUCCUGAGACGGGCCUGUUCUUGGUGCGCGAGAGCACCAACUUCCCCGGCGACUACACUCUGUGUGUGAGCUGCGAUGGGAAGGUGGAGCACUACCGCAUCAUCUACAAAAAUGGAAAGCUUACUAUUGACGAGGAAGCCUAUUUCGAGAAUCUCAUGCAGCUGGUUGAGCACUACACCAAAGACGCAGACGGUUUGUGCACCAAGCUCAUAAAACCAAAGCUGGAGGAAGGAACGGUGGCCGCGCAGGAUGAAUUCUCCAGGAGUGGAUGGUCGAUGAGCAGAAAAGACUUGAAGCUUCAACAGGUUAUUGGAAAAGGAGAAUUUGGAGAUGUCAUGGUGGGAGACUACAGAGGGACAAAAGUAGCUGUGAAGUGCAUAAAAAACGAUGCUACGGCUCAGGCUUUUAUUGCAGAAGCCUCUGUCAUGACGCAACUACGGCACAAUAAUCUGGUACAGCUGCUUGGUGUGAUUGUAGAAGAGAACGGGAGUCUUUUUAUAGUUACUGAAUAUAUGGCCAAGGGCUGUUUAGUAGACUACCUACGGUCCAGAGGUCGAACGGUACUUGGUGGAGAAGCUCUCCUUAAUUUUGCUUUAGACGUCUGUGAAGCCAUGGCUUACCUGGAGGCCAACAACUUUGUGCACCGAGACCUAGCAGCCAGAAACGUUCUCGUUUCGGAGGACAACAUCGCCAAAGUCAGCGACUUUGGUUUGACCAAAGAGGCGUCGUCGACUCAGGAUACGGCCAAGUUGCCCGUUAAAUGGACGUCACCAGAAGCCCUCAGAGAAAAGAAAUUUUCCACAAAGUCAGAUGUAUGGAGCUACGGUAUUUUACUUUGGGAGAUUUACUCUUUUGGCCGAGUCCCCUAUCCAAGAAUUCCGUUAAAAGAAGUUGUGCCGCGAGUGGAGAAGGGCUACAAAAUGGACUGUCCUGAUGGCUGUCCCGAAGUCGUGUAUAACAUCAUGAAGCAGUGCUGGAACCUGGAUCCGGCGGCGCGGCCGAGCUUCCAGAUGCUGAAGGAAUGGCUACAGCAUAUUAUUCAGAAAAAAUGAUCAUCUGCUGUCCGUUUUGACUCCUCAAAGCAAGGACUGCUACUCUGAUAGAACGUCAAAGCAUUUUCUUUGCAUUUCACUGUAAAGUACAUCUGUCCACACUGCAGAAAUGCAAAAUCUUACCAAACAUUUUUGGUCUAGUUUCUACUAAAUACCUUCGUACAUGUGAAAUGAGACAAGCUAACUUAAAGGUAACUUAUUUAGCAGAGCAGGAGUGUCAAACUCAAUUUUGUUUUGGUCCAAAUCAACAUCUUGACAGAAUCUAUUGCUAAAACUCAUUAACAAAAUGUUAAAGCAUAUAAAUAAAUUCUUAAAAUUCAAUAAUAUUGGACAUCUUUUCAGUCCCUCCAGGAUUUUGUGACUGUUUUGGGGAUUUUUUUUGCAAUAAAAAUCCAAGUGUUUGUGGUACUAAUUUAGAAAUAUUUGCACUUAUGUAUGACGGGAUAUGCAACUUUUUACUAGUAGUUGUUAUGGAUUAUAAUUUGAAUCAUGUUAGGGUGAAGCAGCUGUUUCAUAGAAACACCGCAAGUGGGUGUAAAAAGUCACUUAAAUCCAAUGUUUUUUAUAAUUUUGGCCAAAAAUCUGCGAUAAAUAUGAAAAAGUGCAGCGAUUUGUUGAUUUUGCGUGAAUUUUCACAAUAAUCUGCUGGAAAAUGGAGGGACUGCUUGAAAUAAUUUGGCAGUAAACAGAUAAAACUUAAUUUAUUUGACUGAUAAAAUAAUAUUUAAGAGUUUAGAGGGCCACAUAAGGAUUUGGUUGACGCAUGUGAUAUAGAGGCUUCUUUUAAGUAAAUAAUUCCUUAAUAUUGAUGAAAAACUACCAGUUCCACUGGCAGAUUAUUUAACUAAUAAGACAUUUUCCCAUGUUAUAAGUUAAUUUAUCUGCCAAUGUAACAAGUGCAUUUUUAUCAAUGUUAAGGAAUUAAAACAAGCCUCUACAUCUUACUGAAAAGAUAUUUUUACGUUUGUCUUAUUUCAACUGUGCUAAGAUAUUUGCACUAGAAACUAGGCUGUGGUAAGACUUUGAUUCUUUUGCAGUGCAAUCAUUUGCUUCUUACUGCCUCGUGUCAGAUUGUUUAAAACUCAGCAGCUCUCAGAGGCUGAGCUGUUUGUCCUUCCACACUUUAUCUGGAGAAAUUAAAUAACUUUAAUAGCAUCAAGUCCUUCUUUUCAACAGUUGCCUUUUAUAUCCCUCAUCAUAUUGGUGCCAACCUUUAACUUGUCAACAGAGACGAAGAGGAAAUACACUCUUGAGUAGGAUUUUGCUUCUCAGUGCUUGAUGUAUUAAUAUUAUUAUUUUUUAUGUUUCCAGGUACGGCUUAUUGUUUGAAUGUUGAAUUAUUUUGUUUAAAGAGCUCAAAUGAAAUGACAGCUUCAUUUGUCUGAUAAUGUUUAAUACUUCUCAGUUUAUUUGUGAGUCAAGAAAAGCAGCCGGCAUAAAAAUUUCACUUAAAAAAAAUCUAAA